GUUUCUUGAGUGUCUCGUGUUUUUAAGAAUUGGACGGUUUGAGCCUCUGGAGACCUGGGGUUUAGGAGUUGCAGUCACGAGUUAGGACUUUGGAGAAGCCGAGAAACCAAGAACAAAGCGCAUAGCUUGUGUCUGGCUCGUGAACGAAGCAUACACUGGGUAGGUAUACUUGGACAGAGGUAAGGGCUGAGGAGGAAAAACAAUGGCGGUUCCAGGUAGGCGCAAUGGAAUGGAGGACGACGAAAACGAAGAGGAGGGCCUUUUCGAAGAAGAAGGUCUUGUGGAACUGGACUCCAAUACGCCACCCCACCUCCGACCACUCGCCGAAGCAGCCCAAGUCGGCGACGUUGAUGCCCUUCGCCAAGCUCUCGAUAAUUUGAGUGGCAGCAUUGAUGAACCAGUGGAAGAUGGAGAUACAGCUCUCCAUUUGGCCUGUCUUUAUGGUUAUCUGCCUUGUGUCCAGUUACUGUUAGAAAGAGGAGCUAGCAUGGAAACCAAGGAUGAGGAUGGAGCAAUUCCUCUUCAUGAUGCGUGUGCUGGGGGAUAUAUGGAAAUUGUACGACUUUUAAUCAACGGUGCUAACGACACAGACUGUGUGAAGCGAAUGCUAGAUACAGUUGAUGUAGAGGGUGAUACUCCUCUUCAUCAUGCCGCAAGAGGUGAACAUGUGGAUGUUAUUCAACUAUUGCUGGAUUCUGGGGCUUCCCCUACAAAAGCAAACAUCUAUGGGAAGAUCCCGAGUGAGCUCCCUGAUCCGGAGACUCAAGCGAGGAGAAUUUUAGAGGCUGCUGCAAAUGCUGUCACAUGUAGGUAGACUUUGAUUUGUACCAAAAAGAUCCGAUCAGGUGGUUAGAGGCUAGAGCUUUUCAUCGUGGUCGGUUUUCAAAGGAAGCACUUGAAAUGUGUUAUAGAUACCUUCAACCUAACAGGUUGAUAAGCUUUGGCUCGGGGAAAGAACCACUCAGUUUCAUGAUGAAUUCAGCCAGUUUUCUUUUUCUUGUUUUUGUGGGGAAGCUAAAAUAUGGCUAUUUUCUUCAUGGAUGGUUCAAUACUUCCAAGUUGAACGAAUUUUUUAAGUAGAAUAUCUGAAGAUUCUGAGCUUAUUUAUAUGAAUGACUUAUUUCGAAUC